CGGCGCCCGUGCCGAAAGCCUCCCCCUCGCUCCAAGCCUUCUCCCUCACCGACUGCUGGCACCAAGCGCAAGAGAACCACCGGAAACAAGUUAUACGCGGUCAAGAAGGGAAACAAGCCUGGCAUUUACUACAGCUGGCCUGACUGCCUGGCCCAAAUCACUGGCUUUAAAGGAGCUAUCUUUCAAUCCUUCCUCACUUUCGAAGAUGCUACCGCGUUCCUCGCUGGCGCCAAAGUCCCGUCCGCAAAUGCCUCCGCAAACGGCGGCGAAAAUACACGGUUUUAUGGAGUUCAACGAGGUCGAGUACCCGGUGUCUACACGGACUGGACAACAGCACAAGACCAGAUUCGCGGCUUUACGCGACCUCGAUACCGGAAGUUCUCGACGCGCGAAGAGGCGGAAGAAUUCGUGAAUGCAGGAAAAGAAGGAGCACUGGCGUCGCUUGAAUUUGGAGCCCCCGGCAUGACCGCGGAGAAUCCCAAGGAUGCAGAUGGUGUCGAGUUCGCCGCUGGAGACGGGCCUCUGCCGCAAGGUGCAGAGGAUGGGUUCGAUCCAAAUGUGCUGUUAGAUCCAGCCACGGGCAAGAUGGUGUACAAGACGGUUGCCAAGAAGGCAGUCACGAAAACACAGGCUGCGGGGAUCCCGGGCAUGUUGCGGAUAUACACAGAUGGAAGUUCACUGCGGAACGGAACCAAGUUGGCCUCGGCCGGAGUCGGUGUUUACUUUGGACCCGGAGACUCGAGCAGGAAUGUCUCAGAACCACUCAAGGGAAGCCGACAAACCAACCAACGUGCAGAGCUGACCGCCAUUCUACGAGCCAUUGACAUCGCGCCUCGUCAUCGUGAUGUUACAAUCUUCACCGACAGCCGAUACGCAAUUGACUGUGUAACAGUGUGGUUUGUCAAUUGGCGACGCAAUAACUGGAUGACCAAGGACAACAAACCGGUCGAGAAUCGUGAUUUGGUCGAGUCGAUCUUGGUGAAGAUCGAGGAGCGCAAUGAGCUCAAGGUGAAGACCUUGUUCCAAUGGAUCAAGGGACACAAUCGCGACCCUGGUAACGAGGCGGCCGAUCGUUUAGCGGUCAAUGGAGCCCACGAAGGAGUGAGGCAAAAGGCCGAGGCAUUGGAAGUCAGUCGCAGGGUGCCUGCAGCGGUAUUUGAGGAUGACUUUUGA